AUGUCGGCGGGCGGCCGCGACGAGGAGCGGCGGAAGCUGGCCGACAUCAUCCACCACUGGAACGCCAACCGGCUGGACCUGUUCGAGAUCAGCCAGCCCACCGAGGAUUUGGAGUUCCAUGGAGUUAUGAGAUUUUAUUUUCAAGACAAAGCCGCUGGGAACUUUGCAACAAAGUGUAUUCGUGUCUCUAGUACUGCCACAACCCAAGAUGUAAUAGAAACACUGGCGGAGAAAUUCCGACCUGACAUGCGGAUGCUGUCGUCUCCCAAAUAUUCCCUGUACGAGGUGCACGUCAGCGGAGAAAGAAGAUUGGACAUAGAUGAGAAGCCUCUUGUGGUGCAGUUGAAUUGGAACAAAGAUGACCGGGAGGGCAGAUUUGUUCUUAAGAAUGAAAAUGAUACAAUUCCUCCUAAGAAGGCUCAGAGUAACGGACCGGAAAAGCAGGACAGAGAAGGCGUCAUCCAGAACUUCAAGAGAACGCUGUCAAAAAAAGAAAAGAAGGAGAAAAAGAAGCGAGAGAAAGAGGCAUUGCGACAAGCAUCUGAUAAAGAAGAGCGGCCGUUCCAGUCCGAUGACAUUGAGAAUUCUCGACUGGCUGCUGAGGUUUACAAAGACAUGCCAGAGACCAGCUUUACCCGGACCAUCUCGAACCCUGAGGUUGUGAUGAAGCGGCGGCGACAGCAAAAACUGGAGCAGAGGAUGCAGGCGUUCCGGAGCACAGAUGGACGACCCGACUCAGGUGGAACACUACGAAUUUAUGCAGAUAGUUUAAAACCAAAUAUUCCCUACAAGACAAUCCUGCUGUCCACAAGCGAUACUGCCAACUUUGCUGUGGCCGAAGCUUUAGAGAAAUAUGGUCUGGAGAAGGCAAGCCCCAAGGACUACUGCAUCGCCCGGGUUAUGCUUCCUCCUGGAUCUCAGCAUUCUGAUGAGAAAGGUGCUAAAGAAGUGAUCCUGGAUGAUGAUGAGUGUCCCCUCCAGAUCUUCAGGGAGUGGUCCAGUGACAAAGGAAUUUUAGUCUUCCAGCUGAAGAAGAGACCACCAGACCACAUCCCAAAGAAAACAAAGCGGCUGGUGGAUGGGAGAGCCCUCAAGGGGAAGGAGAGGACCGACGACUCUGGCUAUGGCUCCUCCCUGCCCCCGGAGAAGCUGCCCUACUUGGUAGAACUGAGCCCAGGGAGAGGGGGGCACUGUGCCUGCUACAGCUACCACCCUCACGAAGAUGGCUCUGACUCCAGGGACAAACCAAAGCUUUACCGUCUGCAGCUGAGUGUCACUGAGGUGGGGACGGACAAGUUCCAUGACAACUCCAUCCAGCUGUUUGGCCCGGGGAUCCAGCCUCAUCACUGUGACCUCACACACAUGGACGGCGUUGUGACGGUGACACCAAGAAGCAUGGAUGCUGAGACAUACGUGGAAGGCCAGCGCAUCUCGGAGACCACCAUGCUGCAGAGUGGCAUGAAGGUUCAGUUCGGAUCCCUGCACGUGUUCAAGUUUGUGGACCCCAGCCAGGAUCAGUCUCUGGCCAAGAGGUCUGCAGAUGGCAGCCUGAUAGUCAGAGGGCCUCCUCACCACAAGCAGGGGAUCGUUCAAGAGACCACUUUUGAUUUGGAAGGAGAUGUUCAUAGUGGAACAGCGUUGCCAACAAGCAAGAGCACCUCCAGGCUGGAUUGCAGCCGAGGCCCCUCUGCCUCCAGCACAGCCGAGCGCGGCACGGUGAAGCCCAUGGUCAGGGUGGAGCAGCAGCCAGAUUACCACCGGCAGGAGAGCAGAAGCCAGGGUGCUCCUGGGCCUGAGUUGAUGCUGCCUGCAAGCAUUGAAUUUCGGGAAAACUCUGAAGAUUCAUUUUUGUCUGCCAUCAUAAAUUAUACUAACAGCUCCACGGUCCACUUUAAGUUGUCACCGACCUACGUACUCUAUAUGGCUUGUCGGUAUGUAUUGUCAAGCCAGUACAGACCUGAUGUCAGCCCUGCCGAGAGAACCCACAAAGUCAUAACCCUAGUUAACAAGAUGGUCAGCAUGAUGGAAGGCGUGAUCCAGAAACAGAAGAACAUUGCCGGCGCUCUGGCCUUCUGGAUGGCAAACGCAUCGGAGCUGCUCAACUUCGUCAAGCAGGACCGAGACCUCAGCCGCAUCACCCUGGACGCCCAAGAUGUGUUAGCCCACCUGGUGCAGAUGGCGUUUAAAUACUUGGUGCAUUGCCUUCAGUCAGAGCUCAGUAACUACAUGUCAGCCUUUCUGGACGACCCCGAAGAGAACAAUCUGCAGAGGCCCAAAAUAGAUGACGUCCUGCACACACUCACGGGCGCCAUGUCACUGCUGCGGCGCUGCCGGGUCAACGCUGCGCUGACCAUCCAGCUCUUCUCGCAGCUCUUCCACUUCAUCAACAUGUGGCUCUUCAACAGACUGGUCACUGAGCCUGACUCCGGCCUCUGCUCCCACUACUGGGGGGCCAUCAUCCGCCAGCAGUUAGGGCACAUUGAGGCAUGGGCAGAGAAGCAGGGGUUGGAGCUGGCAGCAGAUUGUCACCUCAGCAGGAUCGUACAGGCCACCACGCUGCUUACCAUGGAUAAGUACGCUCCUGAUGACAUUCCCAGUAUAAACAGCACCUGCUUCAAGCUCAAUUCCCUGCAACUGCAAGCCUUACUGCAGAACUACCACUGUGCGCCCGACGAGCCUUUUAUCCCCACGGAUCUCAUAGAGAAUGUAGUGGCUGUCGCUGAGAACACCGCCGAUGAGUUAGCACGGAGUGAUGGGCGGGAGGUGCAGCUGGAGGAAGAUCCGGACCUGCAGCUGCCUUUUCUUCUGCCAGAAGACGGCUACUCCUGUGAUGUUGUCCGCAACAUCCCCAGUGGCUUACAGGAGUUCCUGGACCCUCUGUGCCAGCGAGGGUUUUGCAGGUUGGUUCCGCACCUGCGCUCACCAGGCACUUGGACGAUAUAUUUUGAAGGUGCCGAUUAUGAAAGUCACCUUGUGCGUGAGAACACGGAACUGGCCCAGCCUCUGCGGAAGGAGCCUGAGGUCAUCACGGUCACCCUGAAGAAGCAAAAUGGGAUGGGUCUGAGCAUCGUGGCCGCCAAGGGCGCAGGUCAAGAUAAACUGGGAAUCUAUGUCAAGUCUGUGGUCAAAGGCGGUGCGGCAGAUGUGGACGGGCGCUUGGCUGCAGGUGACCAGCUCCUUAGCGUGGAUGGACGAAGUCUGGUAGGACUGUCUCAGGAAAGGGCUGCAGAACUUAUGACCAGGACAAGUUCUGUGGUGACGCUUGAAGUCGCAAAGCAAGGAGCCAUUUAUCACGGCCUGGCCACACUGCUCAACCAGCCGUCUCCGGUGAUGCAAAGAAUUUCAGAUCGCCGGGGCUCAGGUAAACCGCGACCAAAGAGCGAAGGCUUUGAGCUCUACGCUAAUUCUGCUCAGAGCGGGUCGCCCGAGAGUCCUCCGCUGCCCUGGGCAGAGUACAGCGAGCCUAAGAAGCUGCCCGGAGACGACAGGCUGAUGAAGAACCGCGCAGACCACCGCUCUAGUCCCAACGUGGCAAACCAGCCUCCUAGUCCUGGAGGGAGGCACCCCUACACGGCGGGGGCGACAGCUAAGAUCACGUCUGUGUCCACUGGAAACCUGUGCACUGAGGAGCAAAGCCCUCCGCCCAGGCCUGAAGCGUACCCCAUCCCCACCCAGACAUACCCCAGAGAGUAUUUUACCUUCCCGGCUUCCAAGUCCCAGGAUCGGAUGGCUCCUCCGCAGAGCCAGUGGCCACAUUAUGAGGAGAAGGCCCCUGUGCACCCCGACAGUAACCACCCCAGUGUGGCCAUUCAGCGUGUGACCCGUUCCCAGGAAGAGCUGCGAGACGAGCAGGCCUACCAGCUGGAGCGGCAUCGCAUAGCCCCAGGGGUGGACCGGAAGUCGGACAGCGAUCUCUGGAUCAACCAAAGCUCCUCAGUGGAGUCCAGCACGUCCAGCCAGGAGCACCUGAACCAGUCCUCCAAGUCCGCCACCCCUGCGUCCACAUUAACCAAGAGCGGCCCUGGCCGCUGGAAAACGCCAGCCCCCAUCCUGCCAACCCCAGUGGCCAUCUCCCAGCCCAUCCGCGCAGACCUGCCGCCCCCACCCCCGCCGCCCCCCGCACACUAUGCCAGCGACCUGGAUGGCAUGCCCUUAGAGCUGCCUCUGCCGCCGCCCCCCUCCGGCGGCCAGACUGGCGGCCCUUGUGGCCCAGCGGCGGCGGCAGCGGCGGGGGCAGCUACGGAGCGGAAGAGGGAGGAGCAGCAGCGCUGGUACGAGAAGGAGAAGGCCCGGCUGGAGGAGGAGCGCGAGAGGAAGCGCAGAGAGCAAGAGCGGAGGCUGAUGCGCACGCAACCCCUGCCCCCCACGCCCUUCUCCCCCGUGACCGUGCAGCCCUCCAAGCCGGAGACCGUCAUCCGGGAGCUCCAGCCUCAGCAGCAGCCGCGCACCAUCGAACGGCGGGACCUGCAGUACAUCACCGUCAGCCGCGAGGAGCUGUCGUCUGGUGACAGCCUGUCCCCGGACCCGUGGAAGCGCGAUGCCCGCGAGAAGCUGGAGAAACAGCAGCAGAUACACAUCGUGGACAUGCUGAGCCGGGAGAUCCGGGAGCUGCAGGCCAAAGCCGAGCGCAGCGCCGACGACAACGACCGGCUGCGCAAGCUCAUGCUGGAGUGGCAGUUCCAGAAGCGACUGCAGGAGUCCAAGCAGAAGGACGACGACGACGAGGAGGACGACGAGGACGACAUGGACGCCUUGCUGCUCAUGCAGCGCCUGGAAGCGGAGCGCAGAGCCCGGGAGGAGGAGCGACGGCGGCAGCAGCAGCUAGAGGAGCUGCGGCAACGAGAAGCGGAGGACCGUGUCCGCCAGGAAGAGCUGCGGCAGCGGGAGGCGGAGGAACGCGCGCGCCUGGAAGAGGAGCGUGGGCGGCGGGAUGCCGAGGAAAAGGUCCUGGUCCUCUGA